GCGAUCUGUCACUUCUGUGAAGGCUUCUCACGGCCAAGCUUUCUUUUUCCACACAACCGUCGCCACAAAGCUAAUAUGGCCCCUAGAACAGAAUGGAAUCUGCUGUGCGUCGUAUCGCUUCAUUCUCUCGUCGGUUCCACCCAUGGUGGCCCUUAGAGGCUGGGGCGGCGUUGGAAUGGGCGAGGGACCCAAGUUGUGCGCGAACAUGUAACUGUCUACCUAGUAGUGCUGUGCCGAUGUUGAUGCUCGUUCACGGGAGCUAUCGCUGUUGUUGCAUCACAUCGCUGCUAUCAGGCGUCCGCGGGCCCGCGACCAUUGCGUCGGCAGCUCAUCAAGGAAUUCCCAAAAGCUUCUGUCCCGCCGCAGUUCCGUAGGCAAACGUCGACAGUGCAUUCCGACUCCGGAUACGCCUCUUACCGGUAGAUCAUGCAAGUCCAAUCUACUCUUCGCUCUUUUGACCUCUCCGGAAUACGAGUAUCGAUAUAACAAGCUGUGCUUAUGUCAGGGCAGACGAUGGUACUGCUCUCCGACGCAGCCCGAGCGCACUCCUAGGCGCGGUACUCCCGCCCCCCACUGUCUCCGCCUCCGUUCCUUGUCGCAUUACGGGUGGGCCCUGGAACGCACGUCGGACGAUGUAAUUUGCAGCCGCACUAGGCUUACAGCCAACUCAGGCCUCAGGGCCAGCCUAUAGGCCGACCCAGCCAUGUUGUCCGCCCUCACGCUGCUCUCUGCUCUCUGCCUCCCCUUCCUUGCCCAAGCAUCCCCCACGCUUGAGGCACGGUGCGACGCACCGAGUCGUGCUGGCCAGGGGUCGAUCUGCUCCACCAAGGGGUUCGACAUCGAGUCCAUGUUCAACGAGAUGCUGGGAGCAGACAACAAGUUGACACCGCCCGUCGCCGAGUACCCCACCUUCGUCGCCCUGUCCGUCGGCUACCAGAACUACAGCUGCCUCGACAACGGCACCUACUUCAACAUCGGUGCCGUUACCGAGCUCUUCGACAUCUCCUGCCUUCCCAUGGAGAGUGUCCCGGACUUCACCACCUUCGUCUCCAACUUCUGGGAGGCUGCCGGCGAGGGCGUGUCGCCGCAGGAGGUCAUCAACAUCGCGACCCAGGGCGUGAGCUCCAACUUCUCGCUCGGCAUCCACUACUGGAUCCCGAGCCCGCUCGACCCGACCAACCCGCUUGCGAUCAACUCCGUGUGGGACUUCAGCCAGCAGCGUCUGAUGAACGACCCUAACGUGAAGAACGCGUUCGUCGUUGGCGGGGACACGGCGAUGGUCCCGUCUCCGGACAACGCGACUUUCGACGCGCCGUGGAUCAGCUCGGCUGCGAUUGUGGUCAACGGCACACAAGACGGCAUGCUUGCGGACCAGAUCUACCGGAUCCACUCCAACGACGGCAACUUCCCUGUUGGGAACUGCACUCCUGGCCAGCCCGACACUCUGGUCAAGUCGACGCUGAACUUCUGGAUGUACGGUGGUGCUUGGGCUGACACCAUCUUCUAAGUGAUUAAGCCGCGCCUGAAGUGAGAUGCGAGUUCCGUAGAUGCUUGUGUAGAGCCUUAGACCCUCGGCUCCACGACUUUUCGACUUCUCAUACUGUUUAGAUAUAGCAUUUGUAGUGGUUUUGGUUCCCAGUACGCAUUAAGUGCAUGUGCUGGUUCCCGCGAACCUUAAUCGAAUCACGUUAAUACCU